GAGAGGAACUGAAACCUAUAAAAAUGACAGAAACCAUUUCAUGGGCUGAAGAUCAGGUCAUCUGUCCAAUCUGUCUAUAUCGACUGAAGGAACCAGUGGCCAUUUCCUGUGGACACAGUUAGGCUGCUGGGAUUAGGAUGAUCAGAAAAGAGUCUACAGCUGGAGAUGGGGAGUGUGACGUCUGUACUGCGGACAAAAACAAAGCCGUCAAGUCCUGUCUGGUGUGUCUGAAUUCUUACUGUCAAAAUCACCUUAAAGAACAUGAUAGUUUAUUUAGAGAUGAGAGACACGGUAUGAUAGAUGCUGCUGGACAAGUGCAGGAGAUGAUCUGCCCUCAACAUGAAAAACCGUUGGAAUUUUUUUGUCGUACUGACCAGCAAUGUAUAUGUUAUCUGUGUGUGAUGGACAAGCACAAAAACCAUCAUACUGUAUCAGCUGCAGCCGAGAGGACUGAGAAACAGAUACAUUUCCAUGAUGAAAUUCAGAUUCUGAAGUUGAAAGGAGCUUCAAGUUCUGAUUCUGACCUGAGUUUCAGGUCUCACAUUUUCCCUUUUGGACCAGACUCACCAGGCAUCACUGUCAGUUAUCCUCAAUCCUUUGAUGAUACACAAAAAUCCAUCUCUCAGCUGAAAGAGAAACUAGAUAGACGGCAGAAAAAGAAGAUACAUGGAAGAGAAUGGAGUGACACUAUGCUUCAUUAUAAAGCAUCAGUCAUUGAUAAAUGUAAGGUUGCGACAGAGUAUAAUCUUCCAUCUGAUGAGCGUGUUGAUCUGGCCACCCGUUAUACUGAACCAGUGAUCAUUCAGAGGAGCAAAGAGCAAACUGAGAAAUACUAUCGUGAUCAUGUGAGGUCUGUGGAUGCUUCAUCUCAACUGUUAUCAAAUGACAAGAAUCACAGCAUCAGAAUAGACCAGCUGUUCAGUCCCGACAGUGAAGGAAACACCCCGAAAACUGUGAUUCUCAGUGGAGAUUCUGGAAGAGGGAAAUCCUUCAUGUUACAGAAGAUCAUGUUGGACUGGGCUUCUGGAGAACUUUACUCUGAAAACUUUGAUGUAGUUUUUCUGUUGAAGUGUGAAGAGCUGAAGUGUGCUGUUUGGAUGAUGAACUUGUUUGGGCUUUUGAGCUGGAGUUGCAGUUUAACAUCAGAUCAGAUCUCACAGAUACUAGAGUUAACACCAAGGAAAGUCCUCAUCCUCAUUGAUGGAAUAGAUGAGUUCUCAUUUGAUCCACACAUUCAAAUAUCAUUACCUACUAAUCCAUUGCAGAAAGCCCUGCCAAUGGACACUCUUAGGCGUCUGCUGAAUGGACUGAUUCUGCCUGAGUCUUUCCUGCUGGUUACCACCAGAUCAGCUGCAGAUACAGAACUUAAUCUCCUCAAGGGACCUCAGCGUUUCACUGAGAUUAUGGGCUUCUCUGAGAGAGGGGUGCAGGAGUACUUCCAGAAGUUCUUUCAGGAUGAGCAACUCUUCAGCAAAACAUAUGAGAGUCUAAAAGCGAAUGAAAGCCUUCUGACUGCCUGCUCUGUGCCUUUGCUGUGUUGGAUGGUCUGUUUUUGUCUGAAGAAACACUUAACCGAUGACGAUCGUGUGAUGAGAGAACUAAAGACAACCACCUCCAUAUAUGUGCUCUUUGUGUCCACUCUACUAGAGCAUCAUGGUCACAGUCAGUCUGUCCUCACCAUGCUGAGGAGUCUGGGUCAGCGGGCAGAGGAAGGGAUGAAGAAGCAGCAUGUCUUUCUUGAUGAACAGUGUGUAGCCAAGACUGACUUAGAUCCAGCUACUAGUGUGUUCUUGUAUAAAGAUAGUUUGAAAAGAAAAAACAGACAGGUGCCAGUGUUCAAGUUUAUGCAUUUCAGCUUUCAAGAGUUUUUCACAGGUCUUUUCUACAUUAUACUGGAUGAAAAUGAGUCCUGGGGGAAAGUCAGAGAGCUGUUGAGAUCGCUGAAAUCGAAGGGUAUAAUCAAUAGACUAUCUCCAGAAAGGAUAUCAAAUCCUGUCCCUUCAGUCAUGAUGUUUCUCUGUGGUCUCUUAAAUGAGAAAGCAAGCAGCUCACUCUUUGAAAUGAUCAAGUGGACUGUUCCUCAAAUCAUAAAACUGAAGACAGACUUGCUGGAAAGUGUUCUUACAAUGAGAAGACAGCAUGGAUGUGAACUGUUUGCUCUUCGCUGUCUGUAUGAGCUCCAGGAUGAGAUGUUUGUGAGGAGAGCUUUAGGAGAUUGGGUAUCCAUGAAUCUGUCCAAAGUUUCCCUGAGGAGCACAGACUGUUGGGUGCUGCUGUACUGCCUUCAGUGCUGUCCACACAUCAGAUACCUGCACCUCAUGUACUGUGAUUUAACAGCUGAGAAACUCAAGAUUCUCCAGCCAGCACUCUGUAUGUGUGAGACUCUGAGGUUAUCAGUGGAGCACCUGUCAGAAGUCGGAGGCUUUAUCCAGAUUCUUGGUGAAUCAAAAAUCUUAAAAGAACUGAAAGUUCAGGAGGAUGAAUACAGUGCUGAGAGUCCCAGAUUGUCACUUGACCUGUCAGUCAUUCAUGGAGAUGUUUUUUUGUCUUUGAACUCCUCAGAGAAGAAUCUGUCACUUCCAGCAGUCUUAAACAUCAGUCUUACAUGUCCACAAUCAGAGAUAUCCAGCACUGACUGGACACUCUUCUUACAGAGACUCAGCAAGACAGGAAAAGUAGCAGAAGACUCUUCAGCUCUUGAUGAGCAUGUCAGUUUGCUGCUGUCUUCAUUUCACUCUGUGGGUUUGAAGACACUGCAUCUGAAGGUGGUCAGUCUGAAUAAGAGCUGGGCUUCUCGGAUAAUUUCCCUCGUCCAGACUUGCACCAGCCUACAGCAGUUUAGUGUCAGUGUCACUGGUUUGCUGCUGGAGAAGGGACUCGAGUUACUGUAUGAAUCACUGAAGGAUCCAAACUGCACUGUGAUCAUUGAAGGGAGGAAGUGCAGUAAACACACUGACCAGUGCAAAGAACAGGACUGGAGUCACAGCUGUAACGAGAAAGUGAAGAUUAAAUUCAAACCAAACAUUUUGAAAGAGCUGGAAGAGCUGAACAUCUCUGAACCGUCUAGACUGAAUCUUCAGCCGCUCCCAGUGUGUCAGUCUUGUGUUCACAUUGGUGAUUCUGAUCAGUGGGUUCAGGUGGAGCCGUCAGUCUGUACAGUUGAAGGAGGGUCAGAGUUCAGGAUCAGCACUCCGGCAGGUCGAUUCGAGUGCAGCAGGACCAGAAUGCGAUGGGUCUGUGCUGGUGACGUCACUCUCCAGUACCGUGCAGUGGAUGGACGUUUCCUCAGAGCAGAGAUGGAGAGGCUUCAGUGUGAGAGAAUUGGACCUGUGAUUGAUGUGACCGUGAUCUCAGGGAAACUGGAGGAGGCCCAUCUGCCUCAUUACGCCUGUUUAGCAGAGUCAGACCCCUCUCUUAAAGAUGAUAUAAAGGUCCUCAGUGUUGAAGAAGAGGGAAUAUCCUUGGAAUCAGUGGAGUUGACUCGUUUUCAUGCCAAAAUACUCCAACCAUCUUUUUCUCCUAAAACAGUGCUUAUAAAACUAAGGAUAUCAGUGAAAGUGCACUGUGAUCUACUGAUCUUCAUGACACAAAAGAACCCCAUCAUUCUCCAUGUGUAUUUCUUCCCAUCAGAUUUACUUUUUAAAGAAAAAAUUAAGAUUGAGGAAAAAUCGAGUCAACCAGUCAAAUGUCCAAGACCUGAAACCCCACUGCGGAUGAUGAAACAACACAGUCUUGAGGUUCCUGGAGCUUCUGUCCAACCCGAAGCAAUCAAACUAAGAGGUGACAUCGAGCCAAACUUCUUCAAGGUCAAACAUCCUGUGGUCAAUGACAUCAAUAUGACUCUCAGUCGAGUGGAUGAUCAGAAAUCAGUUUGGACUGCAACAAUUUGGAAAGAAGAAUUAGCCGAAACAAUUGCAAGCAAAGUCGAGUCUAGUUUGUUCCAACGUGGAGAAAUACAAACAAAACCACAAGGGUCUAUCAACUUUGAUAAAGUUAGGUUUUUCGAUAGAAAUUGGUGUGCUCUUAUUAAAAGUGUUAAGAAUGUGAACGGCAUUGCAGACAAACUGCUUCAGAAGCAGGUCAUUAAUGAAGAAAUGUAUUCUAAAAUCACACAUCCGACUUCAACUAAAGAAGAAAGCAUGAGAGAGAUCUGCAGCAAAGUGCGUAAAAGCAGCGUCACUGUGAAAAAUCUCUUCAUCUCUAUCGUUCAGGAAGAGGAGCCCAGCCUUUUAAAUGAUUUGCAUUUAUUGGACUCUCAGCUUUAAAAGGUUAAAGUGAUUUAAACCCACAAGUGCAGAGAGAAAUGUGUUUUUAUGCUUUUAUACAUUUCAUUGUAAAAUUGUUUAUAGGGAAGAGUGGGGUUUAACUCCCUUGAUCUACGCAAAUUUUUUUGUCAAGUGAGUAUAUAUUUAGAAAGGAAUCAACAUAUGCUGUGACUGAAAGGAGCAUGUGAAAAAAAGUGGAAAGCAUGUUUUAUGCAGUUUUUUUUUUUUUUUGGGGAGGUGUCACUGUGAGGCUCUGUGACUAAUAGUUUAAUAAUGAAUAAUAAUUUAUGCAUUUAGCAGACGCUUUUAUCCAAAGCGACUUAGUGCAUUCGGGCUAUACAUUUUUUUUACCAGUAUGUAAACUAGAGGCUCUUAUUAUGAGAAGGACUCUUACUUUGACAUGGGACUGUGAACAUAUAUGUAUUUUUUUUCUUCCUUUUUUUUAAUUGCAAUUGAAAGCAUAACAACAGUUAUGAAGUAACGGGGCAAAUGGACAUCAUCACAUGAAGUUGGAUAAGCUACACAAAUUAACAAAAUAUACCAAUGAUAAAGAAGAAAGAAAAGAAAGUCUUUUAAAGAUAGCUUACUCAAGAAUGUUAAAAGUUUUAGAAGCCUUUAAGUUCAAAGGAUUUGACAUAUUCUUAAAAAAAGUAAAAAGGGACUUAUAUCAGAUGAAAACAUUCUAAAGUUAGGUUUGCAAUGAAUGGUUCUGGCUUUAUGAAGGUGAAAUUUACCCAGAAGACAGCAAUAAAACAAUAUGUUCCAGAUUAAUGUCUUUGGAAUGAAAAUCUGACAAAAAAAUGAUAGAUUCUGUUAUUUCUAUCAUUUUGUUACAGCAGGAAAAAAUUUACAUGGAAACUUCUGACCAAAAAGACUUGGUGAAUGGGCAAUGAUAAAACAGAUGUAGAAUAGAUUCUUCAUCAGUAUUACAAAAUGAACACAUUGAGGAUAUAUUCUCAGAAAAUCUGCUCAAAAAUAAAUUACAAGGGUAGUAUCUAUGAGCAAUUUUGAAAUGGAGUUCUUUCAUUUUACUUGGGAUAAAUAGUAUGCAAGGAAAUGCCCAUACAUUUUUUAUUUCAGAGUUCGCAGUGAACAUACAUGUAUGCAUACACUUCCCUAUCUGUUUUGCAAAUUGAACAGUUCUUCUUCUUUGACGUUUAAUGGCGGUUGGCAAACCAG